AUGUCGGUCAAAUUCGAGAAGGAGACGACGACCAAGACGACAGCCGCUGUUGCCGACGCUCUGGAAGGAAAGGAUGGAGUGAUGCACAAUCUCGGGCAGGCUCUGACCAAAGGCGGCGGUCCCAAUGGAUACCUCGCUGCAUACCUCAAGCAGCUGCAGAGCAACCCGUUGCGCACCAAGAUGCUGACUUCGGGUACUCUGUCUGGUCUCCAAGAGUUCCUGGCCUCGUGGAUCGCCCACGACAGGAGCAAGUCGGGUCAUUACUUUACUUCGCGUGUCCCCAAGAUGGCCAUCUACGGUGCCCUGAUCAGCGCGCCCCUUGGACACGUCCUGAUUAGCGCCCUCCAGAAGGUCUUCCAGGGGCGCAAGAGCUUGAAGGCAAAGAUCUUGCAGAUUCUCUUCAGCAACUUGCUUAUCUCGCCCAUCCAGAACAGUGUGUACCUCGUCUCCAUGGCCCUCAUCGCAGGCGCUCGCACCUUCCACCAAGUCAAGGCGACGGUCAAGGCUGGCUUCUGGCCUGUCAUGAAGGUCAGCUGGAUUGUCUCGCCCAUCUCUUUGGCAUUCGCUCAGCAGUUCCUGCCUGAGACCACCUGGGUGCCCUUCUUCAACAUUGUCGGUUUCAUCAUCGGCACAUACAUCAACGCGCAUACCAAGAAGAAGAGGUUAGCUGCUCUCAGGCGAAAGCACUACGGUGACGGCAGCGGCAGGAGUCAGGGUCCGGGUUCGCGCCCUAGUUCGCGCCCUGGCUCGCGUCCCGGCUCCGUCAGUGGAAGGCCUGUCGACGAAUCUUACCCCUCUGAUUCAGAGCCAGAUCUUUACGUCCCCUUCGAGUCUUAUGGCUACCGGCGUCCGCUAUCGAGCGUUGCUGUGCGACUUCAGGAUCCCUUCCUGAGGUGCGAGAGAGAUCUUGGAUGGAACAUCGACUGGGCAGUUGCUUUCGUCGUUGACCGACUGGAACAAAGCUGGGCUAAUACAGCUGAUCAAUUCAAGAGCAUCAGGAUACGGGCUGCAAGUCUCGAGAGGGACGGACUAAUCCAGGAGAUCCCAUAUCGUAUCUUCAACAAGCUGGACGAAGUACUCUUUGCCGGCCAUUUGAAGAACGCUGUCUUUCUCGAUAUCGGAAGCCUGGGCUCUGAUGUCUCGGGAGCUACCUACGCCCCUAGACUGGGACCGAAUCCUGAUGUCAAGCGCAUCUCAAUCGUCCUAAACGUUGACGCGCUCGAGUACGCCGACGCGAAAGACAUUAUUGCGAUUCUGGUUCACCACAUGAUACACGCAUACUUCCUCGUUGCUUGUGGUGGUCAGAAAGAAGAUGAGGUGGACUACGGACGGUUGAAUCACGACGUGCAUUUCGGAAAGAUUAUGCUUACUGUCAAGAAGCUCUCAGCUGUACACGGUAGAGAGUUGUCGCCACUGAACUAUGGGCACAGCUUGUUCACCGUCCGCUACGUCGAGGAUGAGUAUCACAGUCCACGAAGAAAAGAAGCAAUUGAGCGUGAAGAUCGAGAGCAGUGGAAUCGCAGUCACUGCCAUAGCGAUACGCAGGGGCCGUCCGAAAGCGAAGUGCAUAAGUGGUACGGGAAGGUUUGCGAGCCUUUGUUCAACCAACCUAAGUGUGCGCGAGAGCUAGGAGUUCAGACAUAUAACGAUCGGUGCCACGAGCUCGAGACCAGACACCGCGCACGUCUCAGACCGACUGCUAAGUCGGUCGAGUUCGUGUUCAAAGACAGGCCUGUCCUCGUCGAUGCAGACAAGUUGGAAGGCUUUCUAAGUGUUGCACGAGCUUUUGACAGAGUAGGUAGCCGCUUUCUCACGAUGCACAAGGAGGUAUCGGAGGACACUUUCGUCCGCUUAUUGGAGUUUCUUCAUACCGGCUCCUACCGUCCUGACCCACGCCCAUUCACCGCUGCUGCUGCCGGGUUAGGUAUCGCGCGUCGAGGGUCACCGAUCAUCAAACCUCAAUCAACCACUACUGACGCUUGUGUCCUUGUCGAUGUGCAAUUUGCCAAGCUUGGCACAUUGAUGGGUUUCGAUGACUGCAAGAGCUAUGCGUUGGAUAGGAUGAACGCCUAUGGCAUACUCAACGAAGAUCCUGUCGCCAUCCUUAAAGAGAUCUACCAGGGGUAUGAGCCUGAUUCAGACCUCAAGGAUUGGGCACGCAAGUUCCUCGUCAGAGCACCAAGUACUUCAAAUCCAGAGUGCCGCACUACAGCGAUUAGUGUCACCACCGUAGAGCCACCGAAUCUUAUCAAGCUCGAGAGUGAACAGAGCUCGCACCGCGCACGUUUUCUCGAUGCCGUUGACGCAAGUGGAGCAUUAGAAAACGAUGUCAACAAAGCUCGUGCUGAGCUCAAAGCUGCUGGUUGGUACAACUGGCCAUCACUUCUGCCUCAUGACGCGCCUAGGCUCCUCACCAACCGUUCUACGAGCUACCCGACUCAUCCACUGGCAGUUGAUUAUCGCUCAUCUACUUCAGUCCCCUGGUCCAGCGUCCACGACCUCACAGACCAACUUUCCUCGCUGGAUAUCGAGCGCCUGCGUAACUUGGAGCGUGAGAAAGCUCGCGACCGUGAACGAGAAGAAAGGUUGAGAGAUUAUGAGCGAUUCAAGUACAGUGACAUCGAGCGUGAUCAACUUAGGAAAUUGCGUCGAGAGAAGGAGCGCGAGCUGGAGAGGGAGAAAGAGAAGCUGAGGAGGUUGGAAAUGGAGAAGGAGAAGGUCAAAGAGACGCAUGCGCAGUUGCAGGCUAGCGCUGCGAUUGAAGCGCUUUUUGGGCAACGUGGGCAUGGGUUUGUAGAGGACUUUGAUUACGAGUAG